UUUACCUUCCUCUUUCUCUCUCCCAAAUCCCGAAGAGAGGAGAGAGGGAGAGCGUUAAAUUCCCGUCGAUUUCCUCAGUCGAUGGGGUUAAGGUGGUAGCUCGAUUCCUUCCCUCACCUUCCGAUCGGGAUUCCGGGAUCUCGGGGGGCGGUGGAGUCCGGUUCUGCUCGAUCGGGCGAGGCGACGAGGAGGUGAGGGGAAAUGGAUAGAAUCGGCGAGAACGACUGUGGCGUGACGAAACCUGAAGGUCUCCGAGUGACGGGCAAUCGAAGAGCGUUGAGAGACAUAAAGAACUUGGUGGGAGCGCCGUUGCACCCCUGUGCGGUCACUAAGAGAGCAUCGACGGAUAGCAAGAGCAAUUUAGGUCAUAAGAACCCAACAUUUGUUCCCCGACGGCCAAGAACGAGGAAAUUUGCAGCUACAUUGGCAAACAAAUCACAAGCCGAUGGACAUCAUGAACACAUUGGGAAUGAGAGGAAGCAUGACCCACAAAUACCAUCUUUGCUGAGUUCGAGUUCUUUAGAUACUUGUACUGCAACAGAUACUAAUGAGCACGGAUUAAGUGAGGAGCUGCCAAUGCCAAUGGCAGAGGAGACGGAGGAAAUGGACAUCUCUGAUCCAGAGGAGGUUGAAAUGGAGAAUCUUGCAGUGGAGAUGAUCCCGGAUAUCGACAGCUGCGAUUCCAAGGAUCCACUAGCAGCUGUUGAUUAUGUAGAAGAUAUAUACAGCUUCUAUAGACAAAUUGAGGUCACAAGUUGUGUCGGUCCUGAUUACAUGUCCAACCAGUUUGACAUCAAUGAGAAAAUGCGUGCUAUCCUCAUUGACUGGUUGAUUGAGGUGCACUAUAAGUUUGAAUUAAUGGACGAGACGCUUUUUCUGACCAUAAACAUUAUAGAUAGGUUCUUAGAACGGCAGACAGUAUUAAGGAAGAAGCUUCAGCUGGUUGGAGUUACAGCAAUGCUUCUCGCUUGCAAGUACGAAGAAGUCUCUGUUCCCGUUGUUGAGGAUUUAAUUCUAAUCUCUGACAGAGCCUACACGAGGAAUGAAGUUCUUGCAAUGGAAAAGUUGAUCCUAAAAACCUUACAGUUCAACAUGUCCGUGCCAACUCCUUAUGUCUUCAUGAGAAGGUUUCUCAAGGCAGCUCAAUCUGAUAUACAGCUAGAGCUUCUUUCUUUUUUCAUCAUGGAGCUUUGUCUGGUCGAGUACAAAAUGCUCAAGUUCCGCCCUUCGUUGCUGGCUGCUGCUGCAAUUUAUACUGCACAGUGCACGCUCAAAGGGUUCAAGCAUUGGAACAAAACUUGCGAACUACACACUGCCUAUCCAGAGGACCGGCUUCUUGAGUGCUCCAUGCUGAUGGUGGGCUUCCACCUCAAGGCUGGAACCGGGAAGCUAACCGGGGUGCACAGGAAAUACAGUACUUUCAAGUAUGGAUGUGCAGCAAAAUCAGAACCAGCUCUCUUUUUACUGAAUGCUGGUCUCUGAUGCCCAUGGACAAACAAGGAUGGUGGUAACUUGACCCAACUGGAUAAAUUUCUCACUCUAACAUGGCACCGGCAGAUGCAUGGACUUGUCAAGUGUAGCAAAGUUGUGGGAUGAAGCAACAGAAGUUGCUAAGUUAGACUCAACUGUUUCUGUUGAUCUGCAUAUAUUUUAUGAUUCUCAAUUUGAGAGUUACACCAGCUGAUAACUUGUUUUAACUACUUGUCAUGCUUCCAAAUGUAAUGUUAAAUUUGCUAAAUAAGUUUAGCCUUUGAAUUCAAAUUGGCUGGAAAUUCUUUGUAAGUUGCACAUCAAAACAGUUGAUAUAAAUAAGAUGGUGAUGCUGAAUGAG